CCACGACCCCAGUCUGUGACUGAGGUCAGAUCAUUCUUGAGAAUGUGUGGUUACUACCGCAACUUCGUAAAGAACUAUAGCACGAUCGCAUCUCCCUUGACUGAUCUAACUCGGCUUGACACACCAUGGCACUGGACCGACGAGUGUGAAGGCAGCUUUCAAACGUUUGAAGCGUGCUCUCACGGACCAUGAGGUUCUCAUGGUACCCGACCCGCAAAGGUCAUUUAUUGUAACCACUGAUGCAAGCCAAUACGGCAUUGGCGCAGUGCUGGCUCAGCAGGAAGGGAAAAAGUUCAGACCGGGCGAGUACAUGAGCAAAAAAAUGUCAUCAAAGAAGUUGGCAAAAUCCACCGACGAGAGGGAACUCUACGCUCUCUACAAGGCACUUGUCCACUGGAGGCACUAUCUGUUAGGAAGGUUCUUCUAUUUGAGAACCGACCACCAGACCCUCAAGUGGAUCAAGACACAACCGGUUCUCUCCGAUGCACUCCAACGCUGGAUUGAAGUCAUAGAUCAGUACGACUUCAAACUAGACUAUGUGAAGGGAAAGUACAACAAAGUUGCAGACGCGUUGUCUAGAAGGGCAGAUUACCUGGGUGCUCUAAUUUUUGAGUUUCGCCUAUGUGAGGACGUGACUCGAUCUAUGGAGGAAGCCUACAAGGAAGAUCCCAUCACGAUGGACAUCAUCAACAAACUUCAGGCUAAAGACAAGGCCACCACUGAUGAGUUUGUGAUGGUGGAUGGGUUGCUCUUUCUUGAGAAGGCAGGGUUUAAGAGACUAGUUGUUCCAUCUAGGGAAGAUUUGCGUAGUUUGUUCUUAGGAGAAUGCCACGAUGCAACCAAACAUUUCGGCUAUAAGAAAACAAGUGCUAACUUAGUACAGCGAUUUUGGUGCCCUAACAUGUUGGACGAUGCAAAGAAGUACAUACAGACCUGUCAGAUCUGUCAACGGGACAAGCCGCGGACUCAAGCUCCGCUUGGGUUACUCAAGCCUCUACCCAUUCCUACUGGCCCAUGGCAGAGUAUCUCAAUGGACUUCAUGGAUACUCUCGUGACCAGCAAGAAUGGCAAGAGGCACAUCUUCGUCAUAGUGGAUAGGUUCACUAAGUACGCUAAGACUGAUCGCCAUGCCAGAGACUGCCAGGACUGAGCACGUCAUCAAGUUGUUCAUGGACAACUGGCAGACUGUCGAACAUAUCAAGAAAUCUCAGGAAGCUAUGAUUGCUUCUGAGAACAAACGUCUCCAACAGUC